UCGGCUAUCGCAAGAAAUUGGGAACAAUUUUAUUAAAAAUAAUCAGCGGAUUGCGGACGACAAAGCAAAGGGAACACGGGAAAUAUAAACCGCUGACGUGGCCGUUUAUGAUUUGUUUCAUCAUUGAGCUAAAUUCUCGCAAGUAUGCUGACUACGUUAUACGUGGUGUUGGCUAUAACAGCCGUAUUCGCUGGAGUUCCAACUCCAGAGGAAACUAAGCGGAUGAUGGAGCAUCUUUCUGGAGCAGAGCACUAUAAAAAUGAGGAACACAAUAACCAGUUUGACCACGAUGCGUUUCUUGGCGAGGAUCAAGCCAAGACUUUUGAUCAGUUGCCACCUGAAGAAAGCAAGAGGAGACUAGGGUUAAUAGUCGACAAGAUUGAUGCUGAUAAAGACGGUUACAUUAGCAUGGUGGAGUUGAAGGAUUGGAUAAGGUACACGCAGACGAGGUAUAUACUGGAGGACGUCGAGCGCCACUGGAAGCAGCACAAUCGCACAACCAUUGAUGAUGAUCAGGAGGUCAUCACGUGGGAUAGUUACAGACAAGAGGUGUACGGUUUUAUGGAUGACAUGAAUCCCAACGAGAUGUCUACAGAAGGUGUUACAUACAGUAACUUACGCAAGAGAGACAGAAGGCGCUGGGCGUAUGCCGAUGUUGACAAGAACGACGCUCUGAACCGCACGGAGUUCGCGUGGUUCCUGCACCCUGAGGACCACGACAGCAUGAGGGAUGUGGUUGUUCUGGAGACGUUAGAGGACAUCGAUGUUGACAAGGACGGCAAGUUGUCCCUGGAGGAGUACAUCGGGGACAUGUAUCGGCCCGAGGACGGGGAGAGCCCCGGGGACGAGCCCGACUGGGUCAAGCAGGAGAGGGAGCAGUUCGCCGGAUACAGGGACACGAACAAGGACGGCUUUAUGGACGUAGAGGAAGUCCGCAACUGGAUUGUGCCGCCCGAGUUCGACCACGCGGAGGCCGAGGCUCGACAUCUCGUCUUCGAGGCGGACACCGACGCCGACGAGAAGCUGACGAAAGACGAGAUACUCGGCAAAUACGACCUCUUCGUCGGCUCGCAGGCGACGGACUUCGGCGAGGCGCUAGUGAGACACGACGAGUUUUAGACGAGGGGACGGAGUCCGAUGUUCGUAGCACGCGACUGCGACAAAAAAUCAAAUGUCAUUUUAUGAAAUAGGCUAAGCAUUUUCUGCCGACUGAGAGAGAUGGUCGCUGCUCAGUAGUGGCGCAUAGCAAAAUAAAACCUAUAGCCUAGUUCAUAAAGUGGCAUUUUAUUUGAAUUUUUGUUGGUCACCGUUGCGUGUUGCGCGGGGAUCGGAAAACCACCUUAAGGGUCAAUUCAGACCGCAACGUGACGAGUAGAUGCAUUUGACAGACU